AGCAUCUUAUAGGCGGCAUGAUAAAGCAAACAGAAACUUAUGUUUUAACUUUAUAUCAAUGUAAUCACUAAAAUAUCUGUGUUUAAUUACAGUAUAGGUGUUUUUUUCGUUCAUGUGAUGCAUGAAUUAUUCAUGUAACAGAGUCUCCAGGGUUCUCGGCGGCGGGUACGCUCCUCCCAUGCUCUAGUCUCACUUGGCUUCUUUACUCUCCUGUUCUGCUGAGUUUCAUACUUCAUUGGAAAACAGGGAUGGUGUCUCCUGCCAUUGCUUUUGCCUUCAUCCCCCUUCUGCUGACACUGAUAAUCAGGUACCGCUUCUAUUUUGUGCUGUUCUAUCGAGCAGUCCUGGUUAGGAUCUGGAAGGACUGUGUAACUGGUUUGAGCAGAGAGGAACGUGCGUUCCAGUACGUCCUAACUCAUGCGACCCCUGGGGACCCAGACAGCAUCCUCGAUGCUUUUGAUAGCUGGUGCAGCAAGGUGGAGUACAUCAGUAACAUCGGGCCUAAAAAAGGAAAAAUCCUUGACCGGCUGCUGAUGGAGCAAAGCCCUUUGACCGUGUUGGAACUGGGAGCUCAUUGUGGUUACAGCACAGUGAGAAUCGCCCGGGCUCUGCCUCUGGGGGCCCGGCUCUACAGCAUUGAGAUGGAUCAAGGGAAUGCAGCCAUUGCUGAGAAAAUAAUCCGUUUGGCAGGAUUUGAUGACGACACGGUGGAGCUCAUUGUGAAUCCAUCUGAUGAGGUAAUCCCUCGACUGCGGUCUGACUACCAGUUGGAGAGGCUGGAUUUUGUCUUCAUGGACCACUGGAAGAAAUGCUACCUGCCCGACCUGCAGUUACUGGAGAGCUAUGGUCUGCUGGGAAAAGGGUCUAUGAUUGUGGCUGACAAUGUGCUGUUCCCUGGGGCUCCAAAGUUUCUCCGAUAUCUCCGGAAGUGCGGUUUAUACGAAUGGAAGAUCCACCGGGCAACACUAGAGUACAGCAAGGGCAUCAAGGAUGGGAUGGCUGAGUUGAUCUACCAGGGAAUCAAAUAAAAUACACUUCUACUGUUUAGAUAUAGGUUACAAAUGAGAAUUUCCAUAAAAUCCUACUACCAUCUAAGUAAAGUGUCUUCCAAUGUUCCCAUACCUUUAACUUUUUGUUAUUUUUUGAAACUUCCCAACCACUGUAUUUAUUGGGAUUUUGUAUGAUACGUAAACUUAAAGUGAUACUCAACUGCCAAGUGAAAAAAAAAAGUGAUUAAAAGAGUUUACAUUUUUGAAGUGAAUUUUGCAAUUACAAUUUAUUUUAGCACUGCUAAAUAAAAUCAGAUAUAUUAGUAGAUUUACCCAACUUUGUGUUUAUCAAUUAGGAAUCCCAAUAGGAUACCCACAAGAUGUAAAGUUUGUGUUUAGAAAUAAUAGUAAAAAUAUUUGAAAUGCUUUAAGGUAUUUAUGAAUACUUAGGAUAAAUAAGUAUUCUGUUUUGAUGCAGAUUGUUUGUAUUAAAGGUGUGAUGUUGUGUUGACUUUGCCUCAAGAAUGUUAGAACCUUUCUGUAUCCACCCAAAUACUCCCUAUACGAAUCCUUUCCGUGAUAUAGAUAAAAAGAGAGUAAAUAUUGAUCAUUUUCAGGAAUCAGGAAAUUAGAUUUCUAUCUAUUAUUCGUGUUUUUUUUUUAAUAUUAUUGUAAACUGUUACGGUUGUUUGACAUAACGUAUGCAUUGAUGUUAUUUUGAAAAGACGGAUCAAAAGGAAAAAGAAUAAAUGUUACUUACAUGUUUA